AUGGACUCACAACCGAUCGUUCGUGACCUUGUCUUAGCGAACCUUGUUCCAUCAAUAGGGCCGUCUACCGAAACCUGUGUGCAACUAGUUGAGAGUGAGAAAAAUCCAUUUGGCCACACAAUAGUGAACACACGAAAUGAUACCGUAUCCGAUCCUCAAGAUCUUGUUAAUUUAGCUCGACAGAUUGAAACAUGCGAUGCAUUCGUACGCGCCAAUGUUUCCAACCGUUUGCAAGUCAUUGUCAAUCAAAUGAAUUAUCUGAGACAAGAAGCGCAACGUACACUGUUGAAAGCACGGCGUGAUGAUGAAUUAAAUCAUUGUGCUUGCAACCUUGUACGUCGACCUGGCCAAGUCUAUUACCAUUAUGAAAGGCAAAGUGGCCAGAGAUACUUAUCGAUUAUGCAUCCACAAGAUUGGUCAUCACCUGUGAAAAGUAGCGGAUGUCCGCAUCGAUUUCUAGGUGCUUACAGACUUGAAUAUGACAAUUCUUGGACUCGGCAACCGACCGAUUACGACGAAGGGUUGGAUGAUCCAUUGGAUGAAUUGAAAGCACAGAAAGCCAACGAUUCGAAACAAAAUCAGAAAAUGCUUGAAUUUCUUAUUAAGCCAUAA